CUAGGCAGUUCUGUACAGAAAACAAACAGGAAGAAAUCAUUCCGUACACUGAGAAUAAAGAGAUUGACCUACGUAAAUUUUAUGCGAUAAAGUGACGCUAGGAAUUGCCGUGAUAGAAUUAAUUUGUUUCUGAGGGACAACUUGAAGGGAAAAAAGGGUUUUCUUCCACAUUUUACCGCCUGUAUUUCAUAUCCAGCAUCCACAGGUCGGUCCGUGUGACGUUUGGCAACAAUGUUGAAAAGCAGCAGUAUUUCGCCGCGAGGUAGUUUUUGUGCGUUUAGGAUAUGCUUCCUUGAGGUAAAAUGUAGAAAUUACUCUGAAAUGCUGUUCAAAAUAUGAGCAGCUGUUCCUGAGUGUAAUGUGACACCAUGGUUACAUUUAUUAUUGAUUUAGUAGCAUACCGUUACCGAAUUCGGGUGAUAUAAAUGGCUGUCAAAUUGAUUGGAUAGAUGAAGUGAAGACGGAAUCGCGACCGUUUUGAAUUUGUUGAAGUAAAUAACCUGGUAAAAAAUCAGGUAGUAAGGAACGAUGGAAUUACAUUUUCGUUUGAUUAUUCUCACUACACUAGUGUUCAAAUAAAAUAUGGAGCCAUUUGUGACAAGGAUUGGAGAUGUCACAAUCGAAAGGGUUGUACCCAGAACUGGAAAGGAGCCAAAAGAAAGCAUUCCAGCUCCAUCUGUGAGUCUUGCAAAACGAGUGCCGGGUGGGAGUGAAAAUGAAAGUGACACAAUUAAUGUUAGUGAAGAUCUCCAGAUAUUUCUUAAGCCUCCAGCAGGAGAUGGGAAGGACCCCAAAAAAUCUGAAACAUUACCAGGCAAAGAUGAACCUGACUCAGUGGACUCAGUGAAAAGUGGUGGGGAUACUGCGAAAAUGUCAACUGAUGAAGAAGGUUGUGAUGAAGAUAGCGAAUCUGAGGACUUAAGAAGAGAAGAAAUUGAUAAGACUGAAAGUGAUGUAAACGCAAAGAAUGGAGGUGACAACCUCCGUUCAUUUAGAACUGAUGCUAAGAAUGAUGGAGAGGAAGACUCUGAAGCAGGUGCGGAGGAACUGGGAGAAGAGAAGACGAGUGAUGAUAAAGAAAGGCAGUCGGAAACGAUAGGCAUUGAAGAUAGUGCUGUUUCUAAAACAGAAGAUGGUUGUGACAAUACUCCUGUGGAUAAUAGUGGAGAAAAGGCAGAAUCUAACAAGAGGAAAGCCUCUCUUGAGAGUUCUAGUAAUUCAGGUGGCAGUCAAAAGAAAAAGAAAAAAAGAAGAAGAAGAAAGACUAGAAGCUCAGAGAAAGAACCUCUCACAGAUGGCUCCGGAGAGCAAAGCAUGUCUUCUUCUUCGGAAUCCGAAGAUGGAGAGGAGGAGCAAAGUAAACCCUCCGUGGAAAGAAAAGUGUCAAAUUUGAGAAGAAAUAUUCGGGAGGUGAUGGAUGAAAGCCAGCUGGAUGAAGAAACUCUUGCGGCCCAGCGCCAGGAGAUGGAACGACUCCGUCGUGUGCAGGAGCAGCAAAGAAUAAUUCGAGAGGUUCAGAGACAAAUAGCCCUUAACAAACAGAAUACAAAAACACAAACACGUGUCAUAUCACUCCUUCAAGGUAACUCUUCGAUUCUGAAGCAAAUACCUGGAACCUCGACAUCCUCUUCGUCAUCCUCAACAUCUGGAGGUACUCAGGUUCGAUUGCCCAAUACUGUCCUGGUGAAAUUAGCAUCAGGGUCUGCUUCCAACACAUCAACUCAAACAAAGAAAGUGUAUGAACUUCUGAGAGUGCAGAAGGGUGCAGCAGGGCGUGGUUCUUCUCCAAGUGGUCGUGCUGGGCAUGUUCGUGCUGUACCUGGGAAAUCCCGUAGUCCAGGUCAAGUUCAUAUGAUGACACCAUCUGUAUCAAUUGCUCCAGUUAUGUCAGCGCAGAGUAGUCAACAAGGUUCAGAUUCAGAAUCAGAUCUUGGGGAAGGUUCUGACAAAGAUGUUUCCUCGAGUGGAGGUGUUAAAACUUCUGGAAAACCGAAAGGAAAAGAUGUUGUGACAAUCAGCAGUAGUAGUGAUGAUGAUGACUGUAUCCUUCUAUCUGAACCUUCAAGUGGUGAUGAGGGAGAUCCUGUAGAUGACCCAACAAACUCAGGAAUGCACACUAAUGAUCUUUACAAUGUGCCUGAUGAUCAAGGACGUGUGCUUGUUAAUGUUGGCCAUCCUCCCGAAGAGCCAGAUAUCUUUUUGGCCCCACAAAUUGCACGAGUCAUCAAAGCCCAUCAGAUUGGAGGUGUUCGGUUUUUGUAUGACAACGUUGUUGAGUCAGUGGAAAGAUUUAAUACUUCCACAGGAUUUGGAUGCAUCCUUGCUCAUUCCAUGGGAUUAGGAAAAACAUUACAGGUGGUGUCAUUCUGUGAUGUGUUUUUACGUCAUACGAAAGCUAGGACGGUUUUAUGUAUUAUGCCAAUAAACACACUGCAGAAUUGGCUUGCUGAAUUCAACAUGUGGCUUCCAGAAAAGGACCCUCAAAAUAGUCCAUUAGCUGUUCAUGGUGAAGUCAGACCUCGAGAGUUUCCCCUUCAUGUACUUAAUGAUUCACAUAAAUCCAUGACGGCUCGUAGUAAGGUCAUUCAAGAAUGGAAUAAGGAUGGUGGAGUGCUGUUAAUAGGUUAUGAGCUGUAUAGACAGUUAAGUCUUAGGAGAACUCACAAGAGUAAGAAGAAGAGAAAGAAAAUGUUAGAAGUUGUUGAUGUUGAUGAAGAAGAUAAAAAUAAGGCAUUGCUUGAUGACAUUCAUAGUGCAUUGGUCAAACCAGGACCUGAUUUGGUUAUCUGUGAUGAAGGUCAUCGUAUAAAGAACAGCCAUGCAUCUAUAUCACAAGCUCUGAAACAAAUAAGAAGUAAACGUCGUGUUGUACUCACUGGCUAUCCUCUUCAGAACAAUCUUUUGGAGUAUUGGUGCAUGGUAGAUUUUGUACGACCGAACUAUUUGGGUACAAAGACUGAAUUCUGCAACAUGUUUGAGAGACCUAUUCAAAAUGGGCAGUGUAUCGACAGUACUCCUCAGGAUAUUCGUUUAAUGAGAUACAGAGCACAUGUUCUGCAUUCUUUAUUAGAAGGUUUUGUUCAAAGGCGAAGCCACUCUGUGCUGCAAGUUUCGCUUCCACAAAAAGAGGAAUAUGUACUCCUUCUCCGAAUGACUGCUUUUCAGAGAAAGCUUUAUGAUACUUUCAUGAAUGAAGUAGUGCGAACAAAAGCUGUACCUAAUCCUUUAAAGGCUUUUGCAGUUUGUUGUAAGAUAUGGAAUCAUCCUGAUGUUCUGUACUACUUUCUAAAAAAGCGAACGCUUGGAGAAGAUGUAGAUCUUGACUUGGAGGAGACAACAGCUGCUAGUACUCCAAUGACUCCUCGUAAUGGUGCUUCUCCUGCAGCUCCUAAAAGAGGGAGAGGGCGGACCCCUCGUAGCACCAGUGGUUCAAAGCGGGAUAAAAAGGGAAAUGGACAAAAUGGAUCCGCAGGAAGAAAACCAGCUGCAACCAUAAUUCCUAACAAUACAAACAUGAAUGUGGAGUCAUCUGGUAUGGCAAUGCCUGGUGGGAUGAGUGGAAUGGGUCACAAUCCUCAUGGACAAAUGCCUAACAUGGGUGCACCUCAACCUCAGAUGCAACCCUCUCUACCUCAUCAACAGAAUCAGGGCUUCAAUACAUUAGGUCACCAGAACCAGUCUUACAAUAGAGACACUGCUCCUUACCAUGACAUGUAUCAUCAAAACAUUCCCCAGGGUUCUGGCAGCUCAUAUACAGGUCAUGGGUACAGUGGAUCUGGAUAUGGUCAAAGCAACAGUAGUUCAAGUUUUGGUGGUAUGGAAACCCAUAAUUAUGGCGAAGGUCAUCAUACUGCUUAUGAUUGCAGUAGUGGUGGCACAUAUUACCAAUCUACAAAUGUUCGUGAUCAAGGGAAUUACAAUCCAUAUUAUGGGAACAACCAGUCUGUGAACAAUGAUAAUAGUUUUCAAUGUAAUCCAAGCAAUUCAAAUUACUGGCAUACCAAUCAUUCAUCAUAUUAUCAACAAAAUGUUCAUUCUGAUAGUACAAAUGCUGGAAGCAGAACAAAUCAGUAUUAUGGAAGUAGCACUGGUUCACAUUAUGGUAAUUCAGACCAGUCAUAUUAUAUGAAUCAUCAACAGAAUCAAAACCAAAAUUUUGGAGGACAAAUGAAUGGAAAUAUGUAUCACAGCAUGGGGACCACCGAGGGUUAUGGAAACAAUAUGGGACAUAUGCAUUCAGGAAGAGGCCAGCAAACCCAGAUGGAAGAACAAUCUGAGCAAAGAAUGAGGAAUUCUCAGUCAAUGUUAGGGGCACAGACUCAUCAAAUGGGAAGUGUUUCAACUCAUAUGGGAACAGGCCAUGGACAAUUGAAUAAUUGUCCACCAGGCAUGCAAGGCCAGAACAUGACACCGAAUCAAAAUAUGACAGGUCAAACUAUGAAUCAAAAUAUGCAGGGUCAAAGCAUGCACAAUUCAGGGGUUCCAGGUCAAACUCUGCACAAUCAGGGUAUGCAAGGUCAAAACUUGCAAAAUCAAGUCAUGCAAAACCAAAACUUGCAAAACCAGGGCAUGCAAAGCCAAAACUUGCAAAACCAGGGCAUGCAAGGCCAAAACUUGCAAAAUCAAGGCAUGCAAGGCCAAAACUUGCAAAACCAAAAUAUUUCAAACCAGGGCCAUCAAGGUCAAAAUAUCCAAAAUCAAGGCAUGCAUGGGCAGAACAUGGCAAACUCAAGUAUGCAUGCUCAAAACAUGCCUAAUCAAAAUAUGCAAGGACAGGCUAUGGCAAAUCAAGUUUUACAGAACCAAAAUCUCUCUGGUCAAGGUAUGCAAGGUCAAACUAUUUCAGGACAGACCCUCCAAACACAAGGUAUGCAAGGCCAAAGCAUGCAAAAUCAAAGUCUGCAAAGUUCUAAACAAAAUGUGAUGGGAGGAGGAAUGUCAGGUCAAUCUCAAAAUAUGGAAAAUCAAAACAUGUCAGGACAAUUAAGUACCAAUCAUAAUCAGCUUGGAAAUCCUAACCAGUUGGGAAAAUCACCCAAUUCAAGUGUGAAUUGUGGAAAUCAAAUAUCCAGCAGUGGCCAGUUGAGCAGUGUUCAAAGUAUAGAAAAAAUGUCUCAAAUGUGUAAUUCUCCUACACAGAGUAGAGGUAGUAUGCCACCACAAACUAGCCCUCUCGGAACUCAGAAAGCUGUAAUGAGUGGAAAUCAUGGCAAUAGUGGAAGCACAAGCAGUGUAAAUGAUGGACAAGGAAAUCUCCAGCCUAUGAUACAUUCCCAGCUUGAUCCAAUAGGAGCAAUGCAAAAUUCAGGUCACAUUAAUCAGGGUUUGAAUGAUAUGCAAAAUCAAAUUAAUAUUUCUGUUCCAUAUCACAAUUCUGGUGGAACUGCUGAAGUAAACAGCAGUCAACAAACAUGGCAUUAUGGUCACCAAGGAAUGCAAGGGGAUAAUAGAAACAGUAGUUGUGGUUCAUAUGACCCCAUGGAUUCAUAUACUAAUUCUGGUAGACUCUGUGAUGUUAAACCUGAUGUCAGAAAAAUGUCAUCCACCCAUAGUGAUCCUCUUUGUGAAAUGGGCUCCAUGUACAAUCGGUUUCCUACAAAAGAUGAAAAACAGGAGAAUUCAGAUCAGUGGGGUUCAGGUGAAAUACCAACAGAACAAAAUGUAUUAAAUGCAGCAGUGAAGUGUGAUCCUGGUGAUAAUUUUGAAAAUAGUUCUGAAGUCAAAAGUACCGUGAAAUCUGAAUCAUCUUGCAGCAUGUCUGUGAGAGCUCUUUCUCCCCAAGAUUCCAGCCAGUCUCAGAGCAUGUUAACAUCUCCCAAUAAAAAUUUGUCAGAAGAUUCUUCCUCCUUGAAUGAUAAAAGUGAAAUUGAUAAAGAAUGUGAACAGUCUCAGUUGGUGACGCAGUGUAGUUCUCCUUCAGGAAAAUCUACAUUUGGUAACGGUGCUCAGACUGAUGCAAAAGGAACAGAGAGUGAACGGAAGUGCACAGACAUCAACCAAGAAGGACAAGACCAAAAAGUAGAAGCAAAGAGUCAAAUGACAGAUGCAUCCUGUAUCUCACCCAAUUCAGAAAGAUGUGAAGAGAAGAAUAAAGAUACAGAAGCUCUUCCUGAAGACACCAAAGUCGUUGAAACUGAACAAUGUACCAAAAAUAUGGGUAGUGGAACAGACACAGGAGAAGAAGGAAAUAAAGAUGUGACUGACAAGAAUGCAUCAGAUGUAAAGCCAUGUACUGAUCCUCAGUCCAACAUGAAAAUUUGUACCAAAGAAGAUCCUGGGAUACCAUAUGACUGGGCAACUGAAUUAUUAAAGAAUUAUGUGCCUGGUUCGAUAGAGAACUCUGCAAAAAUGGAAGUAUUUUUCUGUAUCUUGGAAGAAUCCAUGGCUCUAGGAGAUCGCAUGUUGGUGUUUAGCCAGUCUUUGUUUACAUUGAACUUGAUUGAAGAUUUUUUGCAAAGAUCUAAUUUACCUGGUAGUCAGGAAAAAUGGUCACGGAAUUGGAAUUAUUAUCGAUUGGAUGGAAGCACCAGUGCUCUAGAACGAGAGAAACUUAUUAAUGAGUACAAUUCAAAUUCUAAUAUACAUCUGUUCCUGGUGUCGACUCGUGCUGGUUCACUUGGAAUCAACUUGGUGGGUGCAAACAGAGUUGUUGUUUUUGAUGCUUCAUGGAAUCCAUGCCACGAUACCCAGGCUGUUUGCAGAGUUUAUCGAUAUGGACAGAAGAAACCUUGCUUUGUAUACCGACUGGUAAUGGACAACUGUUUAGAAAAGAAGAUCUAUGACAGGCAAAUUAACAAACAGGGCAUGGCUGAUCGUGUGGUGGAUGAAUGCAACCCUGAUGCACAUCUGUCAAUUAAAGAAGUCACAAACUUGUGUUGGGAUAAUGAAGAAGAAACAGAAGUUAGAGAUUUCAGCAAAGAAAAACAUAAAUACAUUGAUGUUGUCAUGCAGAAGGUUUUGGAUAAGCACAGUGCUUUAUUGACUAAGGAACCUUUUCAGCAUGAAUCAUUAUUGGUUGAUAGGAAAGAAAAGAAGCUUUCCCAGGCUGAAAAACGUCUGGCAAAGCGCAGCUAUGAGUUAGAAAAACAAGCCAAUAUUAACUAUAACCGUCCUCAGUAUUCUUAUUACCCUUCCUCUGGUGUGUGCAAUUCAGGCAUGCAGACAAGCCUACAAAUAAGGGCUAUUCGCACUGAUGGAACUGGGAACAGUAUGGUUCCAAAACCUGUGGCAAGUGUUCGACCCAUGCAGGCCGAACUAAAUUCACAAGUUGAUCGCACAUUGCGUACUUCUGGGGCCCUGAACUCUUCUCGGUCACGUUGGAUUCCAGCUGAUGUAUGGCAACGUCAGGGCAUGAGUGCUCAAGAAAUGACACUUCCCCUAGAUGUUGUUAUUCCUACCAACUCACCUGACCGUGCAUCUAUUGUCUUGAAAGCUGGUCAACGUGUAAUGGUACUAAAGAGUCCUAAGGGUAUUUACAUGCAAUUGGAAAAUGGCAAAAUUAUAGCGAUCCGAACUGCUUUCAAAGUUGGUGGAUCCAAUAAAGGGGGAGCAUCUCAAGACUACAAGAACACCCUGACUUCAAAUAUUGAUAAAGCUGAUUUAGAAAUGAAGCCUGUCGAUGUUAAGAAAGAAGGUGGAACUCCAAAUUCUAAUCGUGGUAACAUCAAAGUAAACAGUGUUCUUCCUCUCAAAAACAACUCUGCCAUCACAAUUAUUCCUAAAAUAAGUCCUGCUUCCAACAUGAAUCGAUCUGGUGGAAAUGCAAAUAAGCCACCUGUGAACAAAAUAACCCCUACCAAUAUCAAGCAAGAACCAAACUGCAGAACAAACUGGAGCUCUAAUAGCAAGCUGAGUCAUUCAAAGGGAUCAGAUAGUAAGUCUGGAACUGAAACAAAGUCAUAUUUUCAGAUGCAGAAUCAGAGCCAGAGAAGUUGUGUUGAGGAUGAAUUUGAAGACAAUGAUAGUAAUGAUCAACAACAGUCAUCAUCAUCUAAGGCAUUUUAUCCUCCAGAAGGUGAGGGCAAAGGGGGAUCCAAUACACAUUCUUCAUUCAGUGAUGAUGGAAGCUCUAGUGUUACAAAUCUUAUGAUGGAUGAUAAGGAAAAUUCAAAUCUUACUGAAGGAGAAAUAAUGAUUAAAUCACCUUCUCAAGAUUACCAAAAUCCUGUUGGUAGGAAAGAAGAUGAAGAAGAAGAAGGAGAGCAGAUUUUAGAAACAUCACAUGAUGGUUCCCCAAAAGAGACUGAGAGAGAGAACCAAAAUUUCUCACAAGCACAGGGGAGUAGCCAAGAAAAUGUACAGCAAAAUGAAAACCCUUGGCAACAGGCAGACAAAUCGAAUGCAUCGUAUGAUACUAACAAGAAUCAGAAAGGAAGCUCUCCAAGCGAAGGAGAUUUUCAGAAUUAUUCAAGUCACACUGGGUUGUCCCAACAGAAUACAACACCUAAUCCUCCCUCGCAUUCUGUUCCACCAGUUCAACAUCAGACUGCUCAUCAUUCUGUUCAUUCUUCUCCAUACCACAAUGAAUUUAGGCAGAUGCAUGAUGAUACAUCUGCAUCUGCAACUGUUGUUGAAAGGCGCCAAGAAACUCCCCUUUCCACUCAGCCUCUCCAACAGCAUGAGUACAAUGAAGAAACAAGGGAAACUCCUAAGCAAGAUGUGAAUAUGUCAACAUCUUAUACACAUAAGAAUGUAUGCCAUCUUGGCUCUAACACGAAUUCAUCUGAUACUAGUUCUGUGUCUCAAAAUCAUCCUCAUUUUAUGUCAGAGCAUCACAAAUCAAUGAUGUCAAGUGAUAAUACAAAUAAUACUAACAAUAAUAAUAACAAUAACAACAAUAAUAAACAACUUCGAGAAGAUGAAGUCACAAAUUGUGGAAAUCAACCAGUAGCACAGUCACAUUCCUAUACUGAAAACACCUUGAAAUCUCCUUCCAAUUACCAUAAUACAUUAGAUAACUCUGCUAAUUCUUAUGGAGCUUACAAACAUGAUGGGUCAAACACUAGUAGCAAUAUGAUGGAACCAAAUAAAAAUGUCAUUAGAUCAUAUCAUGAAACAAAUAUUACACCUGUUACGGGAGAUUUGCGAAAUGAUGGAAGAGGGAAAUGUGACCUGCACAAACGUGAAAAUUGUGAAUGUGAGAGUUCACGCAACAGUACUAAAAUUAAGAUUAGUGAAGCACCUUCUAAAAGCAAUGCUUCUAAUCAGCAGUACCUGCCACCACCUUCUUCACAUGCGCAAAGCAGUUCACAGGUGUCUGAUUCAGUGACCCCCAGUAAGAAACGCCAGUCUUCCAAAUCUGUUACUCCAAAUUCAGAGACAAUGACAAGUGACUGUACUGCUAGGUACAAUAUGGAGAAUCCACAUAUGAAGGCAUAUAGCAAUUCUAGUUCUCUGGAAACUCAGCAUUCAAAUCAGUCAUCAUCUUUGACCUCAUCAACUUUUCCAGCUUCAACAAACUUAAGUUCUGAAAGUUAUCAGAUGCCUCUACAUAAUCCUCAUGCGAGUGCAACUGACUCUCAUAGUACAGAUUAUCCACAUGUUGGAAACCUUAAGUCGCUUCCACAACCACCACCAGCAGAAAAUGUAUAUGGUAGCUCUUAUAGUCAGUAUUUAGGAGGUCCUACAUAUUAUGGAUUUGGUCAGCAAACUACUCCAUCAAUGAUGCAGUUUGGAAACCACUACUACGGUGACAAUCAGUAUGAAAGACCUCUAACCUCAUCAGAUCAGAAUCAAAAUAAGGAAAGAAAUAUAUCUCAUAGCAUUGGGAGGUCUGAUACUCAUGCGCUUUCAUCAUCCCUAGCUACAAGCAAAAAGGAAACCAAUCACUUGAAUUCUGGAGACACAAGAGAAUUGAAACAGGAUUCAAAGUCCUCUUUAUGUGUGAGGGAAGAAGUGCGAACAUCUGGUAGUCCUGGAAGUGCAUCAGGAUCUCAUAGUAAUAACAAUAGUGCAAGAUCUACACCUGCUAUUAAUCAGACGCCUGUGUCUUCAUCUUCCACAGAACCUGCAUCCAAUUGUAACCCAUCUUUGCCAUCUGCUCUACCAUCAGUACCUCCAGCAAAUUUUAAUCCAUAUGCCAGUGGUUCCUCAACAUCAACUGCAAGUUUGUCAACUCAUCAGAAUCCGUAUGAAUCGAUGAUGUUGAAUAGUUAUACUCCGGGCACAUGCCAAUACAAUAUACCAGGAAGCAGUGCAGCCAGUACAACGGUUCCUUUCACAGCACCUGGUUCUAACUACGGAAGCCCCUUGAGGCCAACUGCUCCUGCAAGUGCGGUAUCACCAUAUGGAACUCCCACAGCAUAUGGUGGUUCUAUGAGUUAUGGUGCAGGUGUGUCAAGUCAGUACGAUACUGAUUAUGCCAGAGCUUCUAUGUACAGCGCCUUUCAUCGACCUGAACCUCAUCACUUUGCACCGGCUCCAGCUGAAUUGGCUCCACCAUUUUUACCAUCAGUAGCACCGCCCACAAAUCCCUCCCCUUUCAGUUUAUCAUCCCAUCAUCGAUCGCCUCAUUUUCCUUCAAGUCCUGGAGCCAGUUCUCAGAAUUCCAACUACUACCCUCAAAAUAUGUACGCUCCAUCGCCAUAUCCUUCACGACCAGGAUAUACAGCGACUGAUGCAGCUUAUGCUGUUCCGUAUGGCACACCAACACCAACGUUCAGUCCAUUUUUAAACCAUCAUCUUCAUCAACACCCAUACUCAACACUCCAGCAUCCAGGCUCAGCCCCUCCACCUGGGCCACAAAGCACUGGAGCCAGCCCUGUUCCGUGAGUUUGAUCAGGCAUUCUGGUGUAAUCUACCAUCACUUCAUUGAUACAUUAUUCUGUUCCAUGAAUUUCAUCACACAAUUGUUAUUGAAGAAGAAGAAGAGACUGUUGUGCGGAGGGAGUUGAGCAAGUGCUGGAGUCUGUAGAUGUUUGUAUCUUAUGAGCUUGGAAGGUUGAGAAGAAGUGCACCUCUUGUAAAUAGUAUAUUAUGUGUAAAUGUGAAUUAAAUGUGAGAUAUGCUACUUGUAUGUAUAUUUGGCUUGGUUGCAAUAUCUCGAUAAUAAUUAUUUUAUGCAGGAAGUUUCUGUGCAAUUAUUCAAAUUUAAUACUUACACAAACAAUUGCUUCCUGUGUAGAAGCUUCAGUCAGUUGAGUACCUAAAUUGUUUGUAUUCAUGUUAUUGUAUUUCUUUCUGUCCUUUGUUAUUGAAUCUUUGGCAAUUUCAUAUUCCAGAAGUCUUUAAUAUUUUUAAGAUGAUCAAACUACAAGUUGAUAGUGUAUUUUUGGAGAGAAGAAAUCUUCUGAUUAAAAUAAUUUUUUGCUAUUUACAUUCUGUUCCUUUGUUCUUCACCUUUUUUUUAAGUUCAAGUAAUAGUUAGUCAUUAAAAUAGAAUCUGUUAAGUCCCAAGGCAUUGAGCUGAGAAAGAAACUAUGUAGGCUGUGUUGUUAGAUAUUAUUUCAAAUGAAUAAAGUAUAUAAUAUAGUUAGCUGUCAUAUUUGAAUUUGUAUAUUAGUAGGAAUUGAAUAAUAUGCGAGAGACUAUGCCAUUUUUAGUGUAAUAUGUAUACUUUCUUUUCCUUUUUUGUUAAAUUUGUGUAUAUUGAAUUAGGUGAGAGGUGUAAGGACACAAAAUUACUAACACCAAAGGUGAAGUAAUUUUUAGAAAAGUGAAAUAGCAUGCAUGUGAUUAAACUUUGAGAUACAGACAUUUGAAACAUUAGGAGAAUAUUUUAGAUACUUUUCAUAUUUUUCUUCAUACAAACAAGCUUUGGUGAGCUUUAUAUUGAUUUUUACUAGUAAAUACUUCAAUGUAUACUAUUGUUCUUCUUUUCUCUUGUAUUUUAUAUUUGAGUUUUAGUAUUUUAUAUACAGUAUUUAUUGUAAUAAUACCUUAAAUAUUAUUUUUAAUAAGAAUAUAAUAUUAUGAUUAAAAGUGUUGAAUGAGUCAGUGGUUGUCUCGUUGGGCUCCUUGGGGACCCCUUGUGCUGUUGAAAUGAGUGACACUUGUGGUAGGCUGAAUGUUACUUUGACUUCGAAAUAUCUGCCCUUAUGUAUGUUGUACAACAGUCUGCAAAUAGUGUGUAUACUGUGAUGCUUCAAAUAAAAUAUGUGGCAUUUUUUAUUUAUAGAAACAAUGUAUCUUGUUAUGUAUGAAAUGUACCAAAGAACC